AUGUCAACAUUUGAUCCUUUACCAGAAGGUGCAGGAUAUGCAGUUGUUGUAGGAUUAGGUUCAGUUUUCGCAAUUGGAAUGAUUUUUACAACUUUUUUUUUAAAAAGAUAUGCUAAAGAAAUUAUGACUUCUGAAGAAUUCACAACUUGUGGUAGAACAGUCAAAACUGGGUUAGUUAGUUGUGCUAUUGUUUCUUCGUGGACUUGGUCGGCCACACUUUUAACAUCAACGACUCAAGUCUAUUCAAAUGGUAUUUCAGGUGGAUUAUAUUACGCAUCAGGAGCAACAGUUCAAAUAGCGUUAUUUGCAUGUUUAGCAAUAAAAGUUAAACUUAGAUGUCCCAAUGCAAGAACAUACUUGGAAUUAAUUUAUGUAAGGUAUGGUAAGAUAACACAUAUGAUAUUUAUAACAUGGGGUUUAUUGACUAAUACAAUGGUGACAGCAAUGUUAUUGACUGGUGGGGCUAGUGUUGUUACAAGUUUAACUAAUAUGAAUGCAGCAGCUGCUUGUAUCUUGACUGUUAUUCCAUGUUGUGCAUAUGCAAGUUUUGGUGGAUUAAAAUCAGUCAUAUUAGGAGAUUAUGUACAUACUGUUAUAAUGUUGGGUAUAAUGUUAUCUUUUGGUUUUAUUACCUGGGUGACUUCACAUAAAUUAGGAAGUAUUGAUUUAAUUUAUGAUUUAGUAAUGGAAUAUGCCAUGGAAAAUCCUAAGGAAGGUAAUGCCGGUGGAUCUUAUUUAACUAUAAAAUCACAAUCUGGUGGGAUUUUUUUCAUAAUUAAUAUUAUUAGUGCUUUUGGUACUGUAUUUUUAGAUCAAGGGUACUUAAAUAAAGCUAUUUCUGCUGAUCCAAAAUCAACUUAUAAAGGUUAUAUCUUAGGUGGUUUAGCUUGGUGGCCAAUUCCAUGUUUUAUUAGUGUUACUGCUGGUUUAGGUGCAUUAGCUUUAGAGAGAACUGAAUAUUGGCCAUUAUCUCGUGCUUUAAGUCCUGAUGAAGUUGCAAGUGGAUUAGUAUUACCUACUUUUGCAGUUGCACUAAUGGGAAAAUCUGGUGGUGUAUUAACUUUGUUGAUGUUAUUUAUGGCUAUUACAUCAGCUUUUUCAGCUCAAUUGAUUAGUGUUUCUUCAAUUAUUACUUAUGAUGUUUACAAAACUUAUAUUAAUCCAAAAGCAAGUGGUAAAAAUUUGAUCAGAGCAUCACAUAUUGCUAUUGUUAGUUUUGCUAUAUUAUUGUCUGGAUUUUCAAUAAUGUUAUAUUAUGUUAAAGUAUCAAUGGGAUAUUUAUUUACAUUGUUAGGAAUUGUGUUGAGUUCUGGAGUUAUACCAAUGGUUUGUACAAUUUUAUGGAACAAGCAAAGUUGGAUGGCUGCUACUUUUACGCCACCGAUUGGUACUUUAUUAGCUAUUACUUUUUGGUUAGUUGUUACAAAAUUAAAAUAUGGUUCUGUUACCUAUGAUAACACAUUUCAGGAUUUUUCAGUAUUGACUGGUAAUUGUGUUGCUUUGUUAUGUCCAAUAAUUACAGUCCCAUUAUUGACAUAUUUGAAACCACAAAAUUUUGAUUGGGAUAGAUUUUUAAUUAUAAAAAGAGUAAUAGAAGAGGGAGAAGUUAAAGAGUUGGAAAAAGACUUAGAAGAAGAUACAACUACUGAUAAUUCAUUACAAAAGGGAGUACCAAUUCAUACAAAUGUUUCAAUAAAAACAAACGAUUUAAUUGAAUUAAAUAGAGAACAAUUUAUGGAAGAAAGGAAAAUUUUAGCAAAAGCAUUUAAAAGAUGUGUUGUUACAUGUAUAACAUUAACCAUAUCAUUAUUAGUCUUAUGGCCAAUGCCAAUGUAUGGAACCUCAUAUAUUUUUAGUAAACCAUUUUUUAGGGGUUGGAUUAUUGUUUUAUUUAUAUGGUUAUUUUUCACAAUUUUUAUGGUUGUCAUAUAUCCAAUUUGGGAAAGUAGACGUACAUUAAAUAUAAUUGUUAAAGGUAUAUAUUGGGAUUUAUCUGGACAAUCUCAUAAAGUUAAAGAAUGGCAAAUUAGACAUCCUGAAGAAUUACACGUUAUAAAUUCUCAAAUUAAUGAUCAAUUAGCUAAUGAAUUUACUAGUAUAACGAGUCAAAUUAGAUAUAAUAAUGAUAUAGAAAAAAAGUAA